AUGGAUGCUCUCAAGGACAUUGAUCCGUGGAAUACGAACAAGGACGAAGCUCUUUCGGGCAACGAAUGGACGUCAGGGGACGGGGCCGCUUCGAUCGCACCAUUGGCAGAGACUUCCAGGCCUUCGUUGGAUGCAAGCAUCCGUAAUAUAUCCGUGGUUGAGAGCACUGAAGCUAGCGACACGUUAGGGCGGAGUACAUGGGAAGAAGAACUUCCGAGAAAUACAGACAUUUUAUCCGAGGCAACUCUUACUGGCAGUGGUUCAAGCUUAUUAGGCCCGUUUGGAUCUACAGAUUUCUCAGUCACAUCGAGGAACUUCCAAGAGCCCCAUCACAGCCUUGACGAGAACUUAAGUGAUUGGCUCAAAACAGUCAGAGGCACUUACAAACCUUUGGGCCCUGAUAUUGUAGUUAUCGAGCAAUUACCAGAUAAAGAGGGGUUGCUAUUCAAACACACAAACUAUUUGGUGCGUCACUUGGUAGCAUUGCCACAUGCAGAAUCCAAUAACGACCGUAGCGUGAUAAGACGAUACUCCGAUUUUGUGUGGUUACAGGAGGUGCUUUUAAAGCGCUAUCCGUUUCGUUUGAUUCCAGAACUUCCGCCAAAGAAGAUUGGCACUCAGAAUGCUGAUGCUGUUUUCCUCGAACGGAGAAGGAGAGGUCUUACAAGGUUUAUAAACCUCGUGGUUAAGCAUCCUGUUCUUAGCAAGGAUGACCUUCUCUUAACGUUUCUUACAGUCCCAACGGAUCUAUCUGGCUGGCGGAAACAAGCCAUUUAUGACACCACAGAGGAGUUUAGUGACAAAAAGAUAACGCACAGUUUCGUAAAGAUGUGGCAAAAGGAAAUAUCUGAACAGUGGAACGAAUCAGAGGCCACUAUCGAAAAGUCUAUUGAGUUAUGGGUCAAAAUAACUGUAUCUAUGGAGAGGUAUGAGAGACGAGUUAAAUUCAUGGCUAAAGAACGGGCCGCUUUGGGUUCCUUAAUACAUGAGUUCUCUGUUUCAACACCCAAAUUAUACCCUACCGAGCAGAGUAGUACUGUGUUGGAGAUCAACAAUCAUCUAAGUAUUAUUGAGAAACAUCUCAAGGAGACCACAGAACUUUCGAAUGAGAGAACAGCUGAGUAUUCCACAAAUUUGGUGCCCAGCUUCCGGGUCUUUAUAGAUAUCCUAAUUUCACUGAGAGAUCUAUUCGAACGUUAUCGAAUUAUGGCGGGAAAUAAUGUUCCGUUAUUGCAGAGGCGAGUGGAGUUGAAUAAUCAAAAGCUAGAAAGCAUGAAAGAUAAACCAGAUGUCAGCGGGGCCGAAUAUGAUAGAAUAAAAUCAGCCAUUCAGCGGGAUAAGAGAACAAUCGCCGAAGAACUUAACAGAGCCUGGUUGAUCAGAGAAUGCAUAUUGGAGGAAUUCACUAUAUUUCAGGAGACGCAAUUUUUAAUCAGUCGUGCAUUCCAGGAAUGGUCCAAACUUAAUUCAAACUAUGCUGGACGCACCGUGAACGCUUGGGAGAAACUCAGCGAGAAUUUAAUGGACAUGCCUACAUCUCAGAAUUAA